AUGGGCAACAGCGACGACGAAGGCGUGGCGUUCCAGUCGAACGCGCUGGACCUGGUGGGCUCCUGGCUGCUGGGCGGGGGCGACGCCGCCGACGACAAGGACGAGGCGGAGCAGCAGUCGCAGACGCAGCAGCGCCGCCCCGUGACGCUCUACCGUCCGUCGUCCAGUGGCAGCAAUGGCGGCAAGAGUCUGCCGAGCCUCACGCGGCCGGGCGCCAACCAGCAGGACGCGACGCUGACGGAGCAAGAGCGCGAGAUGAAGCGCAAACUGCUGCGCAAGCCGCGCGGCAGUCGCGCGGAGGAGGCGGCCAAGGCCGAGCAGGAGGCCGAGCGCGAGCGCGACGAGGCGCAGGACGAGGAGGAGCUGGAGCUCGUGCGCCUCAAGACGCAGGCCUCCAAGGUCGACAAGAAGCGCAAGCGCACGGCGCAGGACGAGCUGCUGGACAAGCUGCGCGAGGAGGCGGCCAAGAAGAAGGCCAAGAACCUCAAGAGGAAGCUGCAGCUGCAGCGCAAGAAGCAGCAGCAGCGAGAGCAGCAGCAGAGCGGCGUCGCCGCCAACUAAUACAUGCGUGGCGAAUGCCGGCAGGACUUGUAACUUAAUGGAUG